CGGCCGCUGCGGGAGGAGGUGGAGCAGCUGCGCGAGGAGAACGAGACCCUCAAGAAUGAAAUUGAUGAGAUGAGGACUGAGAUGGAUGAGAUGAGGGACAGCUUCUUUGAAGAGGAUGCCUGUCAGCUUCAGGAAAUGCGCCAUGAGUUGGAACGGGCUAACAAAAAUUGCAGGAUCCUUCAAUAUCGUCUUCGUAAGGCAGAGCGGAAGAGGCUCCGCUAUGCACAAACUGGGGAGAUUGAUGGAGAACUUCUGCGUAGCUUGGAACAGGACUUGAAGGUCGCAAAGGAUGUUUCAGUAAGACUUCAUCAUGAGUUGGAAAAUGUGGAAGAAAAACGUACCACUACCGAAGAUGAAAAUGAUAAGUUAAGACAGCAGCUGAUAGAAGUGGAGAUUACUAAGCAGGCUCUGCAGAAUGAACUUGACAAGAUGAAAGAGCAGUCCAUGAAAAGAAGAGGAAGCAAAGACUUGCAGAAAUCAGAAAAAAAGUCACAGCAGACACCUACUGAAGAGGACAAUGAAGAUUUGAAAUGCCAGUUGCAGUUUGUCAAAGAGGAGGCUGCCCUCAUGAGGAAAAAACUGGCUAAAAUAGACAAGGAAAAGGACAGAUUUGAGCAUGACCUUCAAAAAUAUAGAUCACUCUAUGGAGAUCUAGACAGUCCCUUACCAAAAGGGGAAGCUGGAGGUCCACCUACCACAAGAGAAGCAGAACUUAAGCUUCGUCUGAGGUUAGUAGAAGAAGAAGCAAAUAUUCUAGGAAGGAAAAUAGUGGAGCUGGAAGUAGAAAACAGAGGGCUGAAAGCAGAGCUUGAUGACUUAAGAGGAGAUGAUUUCUCAGGGACAGCCAAUCCCCUCAUGAGGGAACAGAGUGAAUCUCUGUCGGAGUUACGACAGCAUCUACAGCUAGUUGAGGAUGAAACCGAAUUGCUAAGGAGAAACUUGGCUGAUGUGGAAGAACAAAAUAAGCGGAUCACAACAGAGCUGAACAAAUACAAAUACAAGUCUGGGGCUCAUGACAGUUCAAGGCACCAUGAUAGUGCCAAGACAGAAGCACUGCAGGAAGAACUCAAAGCUGCUCGCAUGCAGAUCAACGAACUCAGUGGUAAAGUCAUGCAACUUCAGUACGAAAACAGAGUCCUGAUGUCCAAUAUGCAGCGCUACGAUCUAGCCUCUCACCUAGGGAUCCGGGGCAGUCCCAGAGACAGCGAUGCUGAAAGCGAUGCAGGGAAAAAAGAAAGUGAUGAUGACUCCCGUCCCCCACAUCGCAAAAGAGAAGGGCCCAUUGGUGGGGAAAGUGACUCAGAGGAAGUCCGCAACAUUCGUUGCCUGACCCCCACUAGAUCAUUCUAUCCAACCCCAUCAGGGUGGCAGAAGAGUUUCACAGACCGGCAACAAAUGAAGGAUAUCCGCUGUGAAGCCGAGCGUCUUGGCAAGACGAUAGACCGCCUGAUUUCUGACACAAGCACUAUCAUUGCAGAGGCAAGAAUUUAUGUAGCCAAUGGGGACCUGUUUGGACUUAUGGAUGAUGAAGACGAUGGCAGUAGGAUACGGGAGCACGAACUUCUUUAUCGGAUAAAUGCCCAGAUGAAGGCAUUUCGAAAAGAACUUCAGGCCUUCAUUGACAGACUAGAGGUUCCAAAGUCUUCGGAUGAUCGAAGUUCAGAUGAACCAUUGUCAGUGAGUCAGAUGUUCCAGCCUAUCAUUUUACUUAUUCUCAUUCUUGUAUUAUUUUCCUCCCUUUCUUACACAACAAUAUUUAAGCUUGUCUUCCUUUUCACACUGUUCUUCGUGCUGUAGACUUUUUCCAUCAUUUAUACCAUUCAUUGUAGUAUUGUUUUCAGUUUGUUUUAUUUUGUCCAUCCUCCAAGAUAAGAAGUCCAAGAGCUAUAGUUUCUGUAGUAAUCACUGCUGUAAAAACACUGAAGACUACUUGUUUGCAAGAAGGAGAACCCAAUCUUACAUGCCAAACCCCAGGAAAAGCAAGCAAAACCCUCCUUAAUUUAAAUGAA